AUGUUGCAGCAGAGGCUGCCGACGUCACCACUGGUACGCAGAGUUGACAACCUGGAGGGCAAAGUUUCAGGCCUGACGGACGAGGUACAGCAGCUGCCAGGGCCUCUCCGAGCCGUCCUCGGAAAGUUUGAGGAUGAGAGGGAGUCCGGCGGCGCUGGGGUGGGCGCUGUCGUCACGGGCACCCCGUCUGCCCGCGGUCUGCUGAAAGAGGGGCCGCACAACGACGGAAUCACGCCGCCCGCACAGCACGAGGGAAGAAGCACCAGACCGGGAGCCAGGCUGGUAGUGCCAAGGAUCCCUGCUGGAGCGGACCCGGGCAUAGGACCGGGCAGCGGGGAGGUCAUGGGGUCGUCAUCCCAAGAGCAGCCUGCUGCGGUGGGCGCUUGCAUAGACUACACGGCUGCAGAAAAGAUCAUCAGCAGCAGUAGGCCGGUUGCGGAAGGCGAACCGGUGUGGGCUCAGAGAUGCAGCCGCCGCUCGAGGCACUGGCCGAAGAGUCAGAGCAACGUACUCAUCACGUCGAGAAGGGCUGUGCGGCGCUAGAGGGGGUGCCGCAGACUGCUCACCAAGUGCGCCUGUUGACCGCGGGAAAGUGCUUGCGUCUAGAGAGCUGGGGCAUCAUGCAUCCCCGCUACGCCGUCGGUGUGCCAUCAAAACAACCAGCGCAGGCCACUGCGCGCGCACCAUCCACACACAGCAGCAGCAGCAGCAGCAGAUGGUGAAGAUGGCACCAUUGCAGCAGCGUGGAAGGGUCAAGACACAGAAAGUCGGCCGCAAGGCCAUGUGCCCAUAGCCGCGACGGA